GUUUAGAUAUCUUUAUUGCAGGAAAAAGAUAUGCCUCGAUAUGAUGACCGUUAUGGUGGGACUCGGCUCUAUGUUGGUCGCCUGGCUUCACGAACAAGAUCACGCGAUCUUGAGGACAUAUUCGGCCGAUAUGGGAGGUUUCUGGGCUUUUGCCUAACCUGGAGGUCUAUGGUGAGAGGUUGACCUUGGUGGAUUUGGCGAGUGUUUCUAUAGUGUUAUUGCGUGUUUUUAUGGAAAUGGCAAGAAUCUCAAAGUGGUGUUUAGUACAUCUGUGAGGGGCGAAGUAUCAACCCAUCGAUACUUGUGUCAUGAUGGCCUUACUGUUUCUGGCACCUGUUUACGCAGAAUUCGCGAUGUGGAUAUGAAGCGUGACUUCGCCUUUGUUGAAUUUAGUGACCCUCGAGAUGCUGAUGAUGCGAGAUAUAGCUUGAAUGGUCGUGAUGUUGAUGGAAGCCGUAUCAUUGUGGAAUUUGCCAAGGGGGCACCACGUGGUCCUGGUGGAUCUCGUGAGUAUCUCGGUAGAGGUCCUCCUCCUGGAUCAGGGCGCUGUUUCAACUGUGGGAUUGAUGGCCACUGGGCCAGGGACUGCAAAGCUGGAGACUGGAAGAAUAAGUGUUAUCGCUGUGGUGAACGAGGCCACAUUGAAAGAAAUUGUCAAAAUAGUCCGAAGAAGCUAAGACGUGGCAGGAGUUAUUCGCGUUCACCCUCUCUUCGCCGUGGUAGAAGCAGGAGCCACAGUUACAGCAGAGGCCGCAGUGACAGUCGAUCUCGGUCACCUGUGAAGAGAGAAAGAAGUAUUGAACGUGUUGAGAGAAGAACAAGGAGCCCACGUGACAGCAGGAGCCCUAAGCGGCGCAGGAAUUCACCACCACCAUCUAAAGGGAGGAAGCACAGUCUGACUCCAGAUGAAAGAAGUCCACCAGAGAGAGGAGGCAGCCCAUCCCCAAGGGAUCACCGGCAGGCCAAUGGCUCAGAGUAUAGUGGGAGUCCAAGGGUAAAGAGCAGAAGCCCUGUUGAUGAUGCUGAUGGCCCUGAGGAUAGGAGUUACCAAAGCCCUGCAGAAGAGAAUGGUCGCAGUCGUAGUCGCAGCCGCAGCCUCACUCCAAUCCCUAGGGAUGAGAGGAGCCCAAUUGAUGAUGAUGAUAACCAUGGGUCCCCAAGAGGCAGCGAAUCCAAUUAAAAGCAGCUUAGGCUACAUGCUUUAUUUCUGUUCAAAGUUGUGAGAAUUUAAUCCAACCUGGUUUGUAUUGGUAGAUUUUUAUUAACUAGCUUGAAAUUUUUAGUUAAACUUUUUGUUUAUGAUACUUAUCUAUAUUUUGAACAUCUAAUGUCUACCCAUUAUGUUUUAA